CGGAGCAACCAAAUUCUUAGUCUUGUAACCGUUGAUUUAACGCCAGACAGCUUUUUCUUCGCUUGGGAUUUAGAAUGGCGUUAAUUUUGUUCUCGAGGUCUCGGAUUCCGUUUAUGAAAUCAUCCAGGUCGAUAAAGAACGACCUCAGAAAAGGAAAGCUGAAAGAAGUCACCUGCUUUAGUUGUACUGCACAACGCCUGGCUACAAACAGUCCUGAGAUUCUCAGAGGCAGUUUGGGAGCUCAGACGGUCUCUCUCAGGCUCCAUCCUGACCAUUCAUAUGCACGUCACUGCUCACUGAACAGUCCAUCUCGUCCUUACUGUGCCGUCCUGAUACCCAACUGUAUUGCACUAGGCCACACCCAUGCUGUCUCUCAUUGGACAGUUGCACGGUGGAUUCACACCUCAAGCUCUCUUUGUGACGACUCCAAAGUGGAGCGUUCACUGCGUUCACUAAAAGAUAGAAAUAAAAAGCUAGAGGAGGGAGGACCCAUCUACAGCCCUACUGUGGACACGGAGAAAGUGCGGCGAACGCUAGGGCAACGCGUGAUUGACGAGGUGAAGCACUAUUACCACGGAUUCCGACUUCUGUGGAUUGAUACAGCCAUCACCGGACGUAUGCUUUGGAGAGUGCUGAAUGGACACGCUCUGUCGCGAAGAGAGAGGAGACAGUUCUUAAGGACGUGUGCAGACUUAUUCCGACUUCUGCCUUUUCUGGUAUUUAUCAUCGUUCCGUUUAUGGAGUUCCUGCUUCCUGUUGCUCUGAAGCUUUUCCCCAACAUGCUGCCAUCCACCUUUGAGACAAAGUCUAAGAAGGAAGAGAGACUGAAGAAGGAGCUGAGAGUGAAGCUGGAGAUGGCGAAGUUCUUACAGGACACAGUGGAGGAAAUUGCACUCAGAAACAAAGCAGACCAAGGCAACGUGACUGAGGAGUUUUCUACUUUCUUCCAGAAGAUCCGGGACUCGGGUGAGAGGCCCAGCAAUGAGCAGAUCAUCCGAUUCUCCAAACUGUUUGAGGAUGAACUGACCCUAGACAACCUGACACGGCCGCAACUGGUAGCUCUAUGCAAGCUACUGGAGCUGCAGCCCAUCGGCACCAACAACUUCCUCCGCUUCCAGCUGAUCAUGAAGCUUCGCUCCAUCCGUGCUGAUGACAAGCUGAUAGCAGAGGAAGGAGUGGAGAGCCUGAAUGUGAAUGAGCUGCAAGCUGCAUGCAGGGUUCGAGGCAUGAGAGCUCUGGGAGUGACAGAGGACAGGCUUAGAGACCAACUCAAACAGUGGCUGGAGCUACAUUUGAACCAGCACAUCCCCACUUCUCUGCUACUGCUUUCAAGGGCUAUGUUCCUUCCGGACACUCUGUCACAUGCAGACCAGCUUAAAACCACACUGCAGACGUUGCCUGAGAUAGUGGCUAAAGAGGCCCAGGUGAAAGUGGCAGAGCUUGACUUCUCCAAGGUGGAUAACAAGACUAAACUGGAGACCAUGCUGCAGGAAGAAGCAGCUAUUCGCCAGGAGAACAGAGAGAGGGAGCUAGAGAGGCUAGCCGAAACUGCAGAGAAAGCCAAAGAACAGAAGGAGGAUGUGGAGGCUGACACGCGAGUCGACACUGAUCUUGCCGAUCUUGUCAGCGUAGAUGCGGCUAUACACUCGGAAUCUUUACGAGACACAGCACCAGUGCUGGAGGGUAUAAAGGGAGAGGAGAUCACUAAGGAGGAGAUCGACAUGUUGAGUGAUGCCUGCACCAAACUGAAGGAGCAGAAAAAACUCCUGACCAAAGAGAAGGAGGAGCUGGAGGAUUUGAAAGACGACGUGCAGGAAUACACUGAGGAUCUAGAGGAGAUAAAGAAAGAGCUUUCUAAAACUGGGCAGGAGAAAGAGGUGGAAGAGUCUACAGCCAGUAAACAUCUGUCAAAGCGGGUGAACCGCAUGAUCAGUCGCAUGGAUAAGAUCAUAAAUGAGUUAGAGAAAGACAAGCUGGUGCUGGAUGGACAGAUGGACAGUGCAACCACACCACCAGUUGGAUUUUUCUUUGAGAAAUGUAAUGACUUACAAAGGGAGAACCUGAUUAGCAUCAAUGAGCUCAUUGCUGUCAUGAGGCAGAUCCAGAGCAUUCCGGAGCACAAGCUGCUCAGCAUCGCUGACGCGCUGGAUGAAAACAAGGACGGCAAGAUAGACAUUGACGAUGUUAUCAAGGUGAUGGAGCUGAUCGAUAAGGAGGACAUAGACAUCGCCACUUCGCAAAUGGCGGAGAUCAUGUUGAUGCUUCAGAAAGAGGAGAAGCUGGUGGAAAAGGAGAAAGCUAAGGAGAAGGCUGAAAAGGAGCAGGCAGCUAAAGUGCAGCAAAACUAAGUUCAUCACCACAAGCUGCCAAUCAACUGGAACGCACAGAGGAACAACUGGUGCUGUAGCCACUGGUUUCAUACUUGAAAAAAAUAAGAGAAGUUAAAUUAUUUUAAUUUAAAAAAAUUGCUAAAAAAAUCCCAACAUUCGUUUCAACAUCUAACCAUCAGCUGGCAGCGAUGUCACGUCAUAUGUCAUGUGAACUUGGCUCACUGGUUUUUCUUUUGCACGUCGUCAUCAUUCCACUGCCACUGCUGGCAUUCGGAUUCAGUUAUUUUGUGUUAUUUUAUUUAAACCAGGUUCUUUUAAGUUGAAUUCAUUAGCAGACACCACUGAAUGUAGUGUAAUGUCUUGUGAGUGUGAUGUGAUGGCUUGUGAGCUGGCUUGUGAGUGUAAUUGUUUAGAAACCAAAGGUAAACCUAAACAAAGCUAUUACAGAACUCAAGGUUAAUAUGCAAAUGCUACAGACUGAACAUCAAGUCAUCUCGUUGAGUGAGCCUCAGUUAUGUGUAUUGGACUUUAUUUACUAAUUAUUCUGUUGUGGCCUUGAGUGAACAAACACACAUCUUUCCUGGUUUUACAAAAAUGACCUUUAUUGGUUAAGAGUUGGUCAGCUGAAAGUCCCUUUUACCCCUUGAUGGAGUCUUGUGGAUGGGUAUAAUACCUUUUCCACCAGAAAGAACCGGGUGCUGGUUCAGAGAUAGUGCUGGUGCUGGUUCAAAGUUGGUUCCAGUGGUGAGCCUUCUAAGAACUGGUUUGCCUUCCAUGGGCUAGAGAGCCAUCACGGAGCCAAGAGUUACUUCACUGUAUACGUGUCAUCUUUCUCAGCAACGUUAGCACUCAAACUGCCUUGGUGGAAAAGGGGCAUUUGUUUAUAUCUUUGUCUUCAGACAGGCAGCAGCCAAGGGUUAGAUGUCAAGCCUGACCACAGUAACCACCUGUAUUUAUGCAGCUUGUGUAUCUGCAUUUGGGCCUGAAUUUAUUGCACAUUAAAUCUAAUUAUAUAUUGUUUAAAGGGAGCAAGAUGUACUGAUUUUCAAUUGCACUAUCAUUAUUUAAAGCUUUUUUUUUACUAUUGUAAAGAACUAAUUUUAAAUUAGGCUCUGGCUCCGAACCAGCACUCAGGAAAAGGGGCAAAACUGCCUUGGUGGAAAAGGGGCAAAACUGCCUUGGUGGAAAAGGGGCAAAACUGCCUUGGUGGAAAAGGGGCAAAACUGCCUUGGUGGAAAAGGUGCAUUAGUGGACUAGUUAACCUUGGAACAAAUGCUAGCUUUCGACUCAUAAUUCAAUAGGCCGAACUUCUUUAUGGAACUGUUAGGUACUUGAAUUAUAAGUGUGUGUGAGAGAAAGAGAGAAGAUGGAGAAGGCUCUUUGCAGUGCAGACAUUAUUGGUGUGUCUAGGUCUCGGCUCAGACCCAGUAUGGUGAGGUAAAGUAAAAGUGUAUUAAACAUUAGUAUACUUAAGGUUCAUUAUCAAAUGCACUAACAGUAGCCCUGCCCACAGAACCUGAAGCAAGCGGUUCUUAAGUCUAGACCAGCAACGUUUUGGUGCUACUUAAGAACCGCUUUUCCUGGUUCAGAGCCGGUCGGUGCUUUGGGUUUCGAAAAAGAAAGAAAUUAUUUUAAAUUAGGCUCUGUUUCCUAACCAGCACUCAAAUUGCCUUGGUGGAAAAGGUGCAUUAGUGGACUAGUUAACCUUGGAACAAAUGCUAGCUUUAGACUCAUAAUUCAAUAGGCCGAACUUCUAUGGAAGCACUAUGGAGUGUGUGUGUGUGUGUGUGUGUGUGUGUGUGUGUGUGUGUGUGUGUGUGUGUGUGUGUGUGUGAAGAUGAAAUCUCUUUGCAGUGCAGACAUUGUUGGUGUGUCUAGGUCUCUGCUCAGACCCAUUAUGGUGAGGCCAGUCUGGGUACAGUCGCUUCAAGGACUGGGUAAACACUCGCACCAUAGAUGGACAGGGUAGCUAGCAGAUACAGACACACACAUUGUAUUAUGUCAGCAUAACAUAGUUGCACAGGGCACAGCAGACAGUGAAUACAUCACUUCUACUCCUAAACAUGUCAUAGAGAAAGAACAGAGUGUCUGACCUGAAAGCACCGCGUCUGUGUUGCAUCAGAGAGACAGACAGCUCUGUUUUGGAGUCCUGGUGCCUUUUUCACUGCCCCUUUACACCAGAAAGAACCGGGUCCUGGUUCAGAGUUGGUUCCACUGGCGAACCUUCUAAGAACCGGUUUGCCUUUCCAUGGGCUAGAGAGCCAUCACAGAGCCGAGUGUUACGUCACUGUAUACGUCUCGUCUUUCUCAGCAACGUUAGCGCAGCAGCGGCAAACACAACAACAAUGGCGGAUGUUGCUUUACUGUUAAUGCUCAUGGCUUUGCGAACCUACAUUGGCAUCCAAUCGCAGCGAAUCCAACGUGUACGUGCAGCUCCAUGUAAUUUGUAUAAACGUACAAAAGUACAUAACAUUAUUUUAUCAUUAACGCAGAAAAAAAAGUUUGCGUUAGUGUGUAGCUACCUACUAUCAUGUGUGCUGAUAAUUAAUACACUUUUACUUUACUGCAGCAUGAUCAAACAUUGGUAUACUAAAGGUACAUUAUCAAAGGCGAGAACAGUAACCCCUCCCCCAGCCCCAGUCACAGGCGCUAACAGUGUUACCCCAGGCCCAGCCCCUGAUGGUUCUUAAGUGUAGACCAGCAACGUUUAAAAACCACUUUUCCUGGUUCAGAGCCGGUGCUUUGGGUGUCGAAAAAGAAAGAACUCAUUUUAAAUUAGGCUCUGGCUCAGAACCAGCACUCAAACUGCCUUUCUUGGAAAAGGGGCAUAUCUUUGGCUUCAACCAGGCAGCAGCCAAGGGUCAGAUGUCAAGCCUCACCACAGUAACCACCUGUAUUUAUGCAGCUUGUGUAUCUGCAUUUGGGCCUUAAACCACAAUGAAUUUAUUGCACAUUAAAUCUAAUUAUAUAUUGUUUAAAGGGAGCAAGAUGUACUGAUUUACAAUUGCACUAUCAUUAUUUAAAGCUUUUUUUUUUAUUAUUAUUGUAUUGCAGUUGUGAUUCAGACUCAGGAAUAUUUGUGUAACAGACUGCAGGUUAGGAGAGAAGCAGGCAGGUGGAGGAUUUAACUGAAUGAGAGGUUGGGCAACUUUUGUCAAGUGGCUGGAGACUAUUUUUGAGUGAAUGACCCUAAUUUCCAGGAAAGAGUUGUUAUGGUAUGUCUCUACCCUGAAUGUGCACUACUGACCGACUGCUUUAAUAUACACUUGCUAAUUGUUGACCAUCCAACUGCGCGAAUUCAACAGUAGUAGAAUGACAACUAACUGAAAAGGAAGGGUGAAAUUCUGAAAAAACUAACUGCUUUAUAUUUCAUUCAGUGUUCAAUGAAUUCAAAACCAAUCAGAGUUUAUUUAAAAGAAGAAUCCAGAUCAAUAGAUUUAUUGUUAUUGAAAGUUUCAAAGUUCACAUGACCCCAAAACAAGUUAUUUUUAAAUCUCUGUAUUGGCUCUGUAAGAAUAUUAUCUAUAUAAUCACAGUUGGCAAUCAAUUGAAAACACAAAAAGCAAGUCAAGAUUACAUUAAAAAUCAUCAAUGUAUUUGUUCAAAUAUAGUCAUAAAUGUCACAGUACCUGUUGUUAAAAAGAUGUAUACAAGGUAGUUUUUUUUAUAUGCCUCUGUGUUACAACUGUACAAGCAUACAGUGGAUUGGCGUUUAGUGGUUAAAUUCAAUGAAUUUAUUUUCAUUUUACAGAGUUUACCAAUAUUUUAUCAAAGAAGGUAUGUAGCUUGAUAAUGGAUAGUUUUUUUUUUAUUAUUAUUUAAAUAAAAUUUAUUAAAAGAAGCACAAAAUAAUACCUUUUUCAUCAAAGGUAAGAUGAAUUUACUGAUACUGUUUAUCAAAACAUUAACAAUCUGAGUUUGGUUGUCUUAAAGUUUUUAAGUCAUAAAAUAUAUGGAAAUAUCUAGCUUUUCAUUUUGCCUUGACUGAUGCUUAUGUAUAAAUAUUCAUAUUCUGAAACGGGUCCUUCCAGUUUAAAUAAAAAGAAAUAAUAUGAUUCCUGGAAA